CCUGUUAUUCAUUCAUGGUUGUUCAUUAGUUCAUUCAUUCAUUAAUUUAUUUGUAUGAAGAAAAGAGAAAAUAAUAAUGAACACACUAUUUCCUAAAAAAACCCACAGCUAAAUAAUCUCAUCAGUCAGAAACUGCUGCCACAAAACACCUUCAUCUGUAUCCACCAGUAUCUGUCUGAUACUCGCCAUUAAAAACCAGUAUCAGUCGAAGCCGCCUGUGUGAUGCUGCUGUGACACAGUGUGUGUGUGUGUUUGUGUGUGUGUGUGUGUGUGUGUGUGGGACCACAGAUCCCAGUUUACCUCUCUCUCCUUCCAGAUCCAUCUCUCCACCUUCCUCUCCUCUCUGCAGCAUCCCUCCUCCUGCUCAGCCAAUCGCCUGCUGGGGAGUGUGAUCAUGUGACCAACAGCCACCAAUGUCUCUCGACCAGGCACCGGCAAAAAGAGGGGCGGUGUCUCUCCUCCUCCUCCUCCUCCUCCUCCUCCUCUCUGUGAGUCAGACGGUGUGUCUGGAGGAGAGUGGAUGGAUGUGAAGGAUCCGUCUAACAAGCUCAGACACGUUUCUCCUUCUUCUUCUUCACCCGGACAGCAGAGGCUCCGUCUCUAACCCGCCCUCCCUCCCACUCCUGGGGAACACAGGGGGGAUGAAUGGGGAGGCCAUGGAGGGGAGCCCGGUGCAGGAGCAGCAGCAUGCCGGUAACGGCUCCCACCUCCCUCCUCCUCCCACCAUCACACCGGCCAUCCCCCCCUACGUGAAGCUGGGUCUGACCAUCGCCUACACCAUCUUCUACUCGCUGCUCUUCGCCUUCGUCUACGCCCAGCUGUGGCUGGUGCUUCGGUACCGACACAAGCGCUUCAGCUACCAGACGGCCUUCCUGUUCCUGUGUCUGCUGUGGGCCGCCCUACGCGCCCUCCUCUUCUCCUUCUACUUCAGAGACUGUGUGACCGCCAACGCACUCGGACCAUUCGCCUUCUGGCUGCUCUACUGCUUCCCCGUCUGCCUGCAGUUCUUCACGCUCAGCCUCAUGAACCUCUACUGCGCACAGGUUUACUUUAAGGCGAAGUCCAAGUACACACCUGCACUGCUCAAGUACAGACUUCCUCUGUACCUGGUCUUCUUGGGCGUCAGUCUUCUCUUCCUGGUGGUUAAUCUGGUCUGUGCCCUGCUGGUCAAAAUGACCGCCGCUGAUGUGAAGACCAUCGUCCUGGUGAGGGUCACAAUCAAUGACAGCCUCUUCGUCCUCUGCGCCAUCUCGCUGUCCGUCUGCCUCUACAAGGUCGCCAAGAUGUCGCUGGCGAACAUCUACCUGGAGUCAAAGGGGACGUCGGUGUGUCAGGUGACUCUGAUCGGCAUCAUGGUGGUGUUGCUGUACGCAUCGCGGGCCUGUUACAACCUAGUAGUGCUCGCCCUCACCGACAUUGAGACCAUCAACUCCUUCGACUACGACUGGUACAACGUCUCAGACCAGGCGGACUUGCGGUCGUCGCUGGGAGACGCUGGUUACAUCGUGUUCGGGGUGAUUCUGUUUGUCUGGGAGCUGCUGCCCACCUCACUGGUCGUCUUCUUCUUCAGGGUCCGCCGGCCACCUCAGGAAAGGAGCACUGUUGGGAUCCCAAACCACGUUCUCUCCUCCAGAGGAUAUUUCUUUGACAACCCUCGUCGGUACGACAGUGACGAUGACCUGGCGUGGAGCAUUCCUCCCCAGAAUGCAUCAGCGAGUCUUUCCUCCGACUGCUACGACUGGGGCAGCCGCCACAGCAGCUUCACUGUGCACACCAACAGCGACGAGCAGCGCCUGACGGCCACCGCCACCACCGGAGAGCUCCACCCUUACCCAUAAUCCCUCCCCUCACUGUAUAGCAUCACUCUGCACUUUGACACCGAUCAGUUAUUGUGUUUCUUAUCACUGACGUAGACGUUUGUAGAGUCACUGUAGAGAAUUUAAAGAAAAUAUCAGAAUGUUCAGCAGGGUUCCUACACGGCCGCGUCGUACUCAAGUUGUUUACGAGGUCUUAAUAGUUUUGUACAGAUAAUAAGUUUGUUUGGGCAAAACCACGUCUAAGUAGAUUUCUGUUGAUAGUCCAUCGAAAUGUUAAUAUUCUGCAGCUCUAUUUAGUUGGACAUAUUUCCUAACGUGACGUUACGAUGGUCAGCAGUCAGGAAAAAGUAAUAUGAAGAUCUGCUGUUUGACAUCGGUGGUGUUGGUAGUAUGCGUCGAAUGACAGAACGGAGCACUGCGACGCUGAACGUUCAAAAUCACAGCGGAAAAUAAAAAACUUUAAAACAACCAAAGUUAUCGACGUUAUCAAAAAACAUUUGAAACAGAAUUAUUGGGUGUUCUUGCCGUAUGAUCACCAGUGAUCCAGACUAACUCUGUGUAUGAACCCUGCUUCAGAGAGAAUCAAUGUAUUUUAGACCCACAGUAUGUAGAUGAUGUCGUGAUGAAUGUUUUAGACAAUGUUUCUUGAUCAUUUGGGGAGUUUUUCAACGAGGAUUACUCGAUUAAUCUGCCACAGUUCAAAUAAUCAUUACCACACAGACUCCAGAUGAUUUUUAAGAUUUCUCGCAGUUGUUUGAUCAAUAAUUGGAGACGUUUUGUAAACGAGCAGCCACACAAAUAUCAGACUGAAGAGAUAAUCAGACCGGUUAAUAAAGGUUCAUUAAGUCUAGUUUUAAAAUUAAACUCUAGGUUGUGAACGUUCAGUAUUUUUCCUGUUCUUGUUUCUAAGUGACUUAUGGGAAUAGUUUGAGUGAGUUUCUGGAGUGGUUCCAUGACAGCCUGUUUCGUCUCGUUCAAUUCGAAUGUUAAAACAGGUUCCAGGUUGAAAAGUAAUGAAAUUAACUUUUAAUUUUCUGCCCUCAAAAAUCCUUGAAAAACUCCUCGAGUCAUUUUUUUGAGGUUUGUGACUGUAAAGAGACGAAACUGUCAAACUGAAUAACGCACUGUGUUGAUUCAACAUAAUCGAUAUCCUGUAAAUAUCAGUAACCAGACAGCUGAACACCUCUGUGUUGUUUUGAUGUUCACCUCAAAGUAUCCACAUAUUAACAAGUAAUUUAAUGUUGGGUUUUAAUUUGACUUAACGAAUCCAUCAGACUGUCAAAAUAGAAACAAUGAAGGAAAACAUGAUUUGAACCCAUCGUUACAUUUUUGUUAGUAUGAGCUUUGUUUGCAGUGUUUACAUUUCUGAAACGAUGUUCAGAAAAAAAAGUCUAUAUUUCUAACAGACGCAGGUUUUGUAAGUUCUUUGUACAGAGUCUCACUGAGAUCGCAGUGUGUUUCGUUGUUGAGCUUUUUGUUGUUUGUGGUUCGUGUGUUUGUGACGUGUCCACACAAAACGUAACACUUCAAUAAAACUGUCAUUAAAAUAAACCAACAUGUUCUCAUAGAACGCUUCCAAUGAUAUCCCACGAAAAAUACACGCACAACAGGUCGUAUGAUAUCCUACGAAAUUUGCACCCCACGAAUGAUGUUACGUCCUUUACGUACAGUUACCUAAAUAAUGAUAAGUUACUGGAUAUUCAGUUAAACUAAGGUUGUGACGUCAGGUGACCAAAUUUCAACGUAGAGUACUGACGACAAACGAUGUAAAUAUUUUAUUGGUUUUAUGUUGUGUUGUUAAGUAACCAAAAUCCAGCGUCUUCCAAGCGUCUCACGCCGACAUCUUGAGGAAGAAUAACGAUAUUUAGUCGUAAGGUACAAAGAACUACGUUAACAUCCACUAUUGACGUAUUCUCAUAGAACAGUUCGUAUGGUAUCCUUCGAAUUUUGCGCCCCAUGACUGAUGUUACGUCCUGAACAUACAGUUAUGUAAUUAAUGUAAAGUUAGGGAGGUUAGGUUUAGGAAAGGAAACGCGGUUAGGACGUACCUUGAAAAGACUCAAAGUUCGCACAGAUCCGAACACGUGACUCCAGGAUAAAGUCUGUUUUCUCGUGACCUGUCCACCACUCCAACCUGCCUCCUUACAAGCGCUGCUGUGAACGCUGACCUUUGACCUGCACCGUGGUGUCUCGCGGGAGU